UUUGGCAGCGCGGGGUAUAGCUCCGUCCGUGUGCUGCUGGCUACUUCAGCAGAGCUGGCCUCUGAUUGGCUGUGAUGGUCACAUGGACUCAACGCGCGUCUCCAUGGCUCCAGUUCAUUAGUUGAUCAGUGACAUGAUAGGGAACCAGAAUUUGGAAUUUAGAUUUCUUCAAAAUUAAGUGUGAAGUACAAGAUGGAGAUGGAAAUAAGUAGACAGGUUCGUGAGAUGGACGAGAUAGCUGCUUUUUUACGCUCAGAAAUACGUCGACUCCAGAGGAAUUUACUUGUGAUUCCCAGGGAACUGACUGAAAGCAUUGAAAUGUUUCGUCGCACUGCCGCAGUCAUAAACACAGAGUUGAAUCGGCUCGAAGAACUUCGCAAGAAAUUCCGAGUUGCAAGGACCCCUAAAUCAUAUUCUUCUUCGUCAUUCCCAAGACCACCCAGCAGAGGACCACCAGGACCAGGUGCAGGAGGAAGCAAUGCCAAAUCUGAUACGAGGCCUUGAUUGAAUGAAAAUGGUAACAGCUCAACAUCAACAGCGGCACCAAGUUGUACUUUGACUUUAGGUCUACCAAGUCGUUCCAAGGAAUUUUCAAGGACUGUUAGGCUCUGAAUAAUUUUGAUAUUAUUUAACAACUCUUUACCAAGAUGUUUAGUGCCAUGCACAUGAGAGGUAAUGAAGCCAUUAUAGCUUUCAAAAUCAAAGGCACUUGUAGCCCAGAGGGGGCCCCAACGCUUGACAAGAAGCGUGACAUGUAAUAAAUUAUGGAUGUUGUAAGUAUAGAACUUGUUGUGAUACAGUUUACCCAAAUCUCUCACAAAGCAACGCAACAUUGCAUCUGCCAUAUCCAAUUCAUUGCUUGAAAUAUCCUCCUUCAGUAAUAGAUAUAUGGCUGCAACAAGUAACAUCCAGUGUUGAAAAUAUUUGGGUGGCAGAAACUUCUGAAAUGCAGGCAAUGAAAAAUAAAGUAACAUGGCACGUAAUUCACUGGCUUUAAAAUACUUCAAGUCCUUUAUCCCUCUUGGUAAUCUUUUGUGAAAGUAGGGAACUUUGAUUGCUCGAAUAAAUGCAUCAAUUUCAGCAAUGUGUUUACGUAAACACCAGGGACCUCUAACAUGAAAAAUGAUAUCCAGUAUAUAGCGAACACAGCCAAGAAGGACAAGGUGCAUAUAUUCUGCACUGAGACAAACACCUAGGUCUAAGAAAGGCAAUUCUGCUACAACUGUUUUACCAAGAACACCUUUUCGAGAUUUUCCUCUACGUUCUGCCAGUUCACCUUGCAGUGUCAUUCUUAAGUGAGUUCGUAAAUUGACUUCUUUGUCUUGAUAAACAAACCGCCUAAGAGUAGUACUUCUCUUCUGACUUGGAUCCUGCUGCACGGUUUUCUUUUUCUUGUUGCAAUUUUCUUCACGAGCACAAGUUUUAGAAUCAACACGCACUUUCACAGCUUUUUGCUCACAAACAUUGCAUCCAAAUCUGUGACUAAAACUUUUGACAUUCAGAAUUAUAGCCUUGGCAGGUGCAUCAACACAAAUAACAGGGCAUGCUGCUUUAGAUGUGAAAACAGUUCCACAUUGUGGAUGAGUCCAUAAUACACCAUUAGUAGAGAGAACUUUGACUGAAUCCACGAAAGGCUUUAAAAAAACAUUCAUGUUUGGCUUUGUCUUAUCAACAAAGACCCCACUCACAAGCAUGUACGAGUACCUUUUCCUUGGAUGCACAUCUACAAUAGAACACAAGGUACCCCAAAGCUCCUGCUUGGAGCUUGAAGAUAAAUUAACCCCAUCAGAGUUCAUCAUCAAUACAAUAUCAUACCGGCCACUUAAAACAUUUCGAAUCUUCUUGUAUUCUGUACCAUCUUGUAUGUCAGUAAUAUGACCCUCUUUAACAUCAGCAGUACGACGUCUUUGCUCAUCAAUAGCAGAUGCCAAACCCCUAUGCUCAAACAUAAACUUCAAUUGAUUUGCUAAACAGAAUUUAUAAAAUGUCCCACUUUGAGCAUCAAACUUACAAAGCAAACACACUCCAUUCUCUGACUCUUUGCUUUCUCUGCAGUUUAAGCAAUAAUAAUGUUCAGUUUCAAUUUGAAAAGAUGACAACUCAUUUAGUUUUGAUAGCAUUUGCCUCCCUGAUUUAGGAAACAAAUUGU